AUGCAGUAGCUCAACAUCACCCCGGAGCAGUUCUCCCGGCUGCUGCGGGACUACAACCCGACACGGGCGCAGUUCAUCGCGCUGUACGGGCUGCGGCCGCUGGUCUACACCCCGCAGCUGCCUGGGCGCGCCAAGCUGGCCUUCGUGCUCACCGGCGUGCUCAUCUUCGUCCUGGCGCUCUUUGGCAACGCGCUGGUGGUCUACGUGGUGACCCUCAGCGAGGCCAUGCGCACCGUCACCAACAUCUUCACCUGCUCCUUGGCGCUCAGCGACCUGCCCAUCUCCUUCUGCAUCCUGGUCACUAUGCUCGAGAACAUCUUCAACAACUGGCUGGGGGCCAGUGACAAUGAUUACAUUUCAGCCCUCCUCGCCUUUCAACUUUCUUCAAGUUUCCAGUCUGUUCCUUUCUUCAUGGGUAUCAGGUCAUCCAAGGCCAAGUACAGAAGACUUAACAUGGCAAUGGAACAGAAUGCAAAGCUAUCAGUCUUGAUAAAAGAAUUAAGCACAGAUGUAUUUGGCUUUGCCGAGUUAUAUUCUGAUGAUUUUAACGUUUUUGCACGUAUGGUCUGGCUGGUGGCAGUCAUCAUAGGCUCCCCCAGGUGGCAUGUGCAACGACUUGAGAUUAAGUAUAACUUCUUAUAUGAAAAAGAACACAUCUGCUGCUUGGAAGAGUGGACCAGCCCUGGGCACCAGAAAAUCUAUACUACCUUCAUCCUUGUCAUCCUCUCCCUCCUGCCUCUUAUGGUGAUGCUUAUCCUGUACAGUAAGAUCGUCUAUGAACUUUGGAUAAAGAAAAGAGUGGGGGAUGGCUCAGUGCUUCAAACUAUUCAUGGAAAAGAAAUGUCAAAAAUUGCCAGGUCUGUUUAAUGGAAUAUUCACCUCUGUUUAAAAUAUUUUUAGUUUGAUAUAUAUACACAAAUAUGCAUAAAAUAGAUAACUAAUAAGAACCUGCUGUAUCAAAAAUAUAUAUAUAUAUUUUAAUUAGUUGUGCUGGAAGAGACCAUUGCCAGAGAUCUCAGAAUUCCUGGGUAAUUUGGUCAAAGUGUCAUUUGUAAUUCACGUUUAGCACAUGGACUGAUUUUAAACUUUUGAGAUUUUACAUAUGGCAGGAAGAAAGGGUGAUUACCAGCUCCCAAAUCAAAGAGGAAGUCACUGUUAUAAAUAGUUACUCGGAAUUUUAAAAAUCGUUAUAUUUUCUUCUGCAUGUCAAUAUGACGCAGUAGGAAUGGCUGUGGCACCCUCCUCUCUCUGCCACUCCUCACCAGCCACGUGAUGUGGAUAAGUCUCCUUACUCCCAAGGCCCCUGCUUUCCUCAUGUGUACCAGGAAGCAUGAUAAUAUCCAUCCUUGCUUCCUCCCACCCAAGGAUGAUGCUAAAAAAUGUGAGAUGAGGGGCUUCCCUAGUGGCGCAGUGGUUGAGAGUCCACCUGCCGA